GAUGUAAGUCGCGUGGGAAAUUCCGUUGAGCGCAGCAGCGCGAAUCGGUGAUGGCUUCCUGCGCUUCUUGUCAUUUCGCCUCACGCGUUCUCUGAGGAAAAAGGCCAGAGAAAGGCCACAGGUGCCCCUUCCCCCCGCCCAAGCCUGCCUUAUAAGCCCCCGCGCCACCUCUUCCGCAGGCCGCCCGAUUUGCAGGUGUGCGCCGACCCCAGCGCGCGCGACACCCGAGUUGCAACACCCGUUCCCGCUGUUACGCCCGCUCGCGAACGUCCACCCGGCGCCCGCGGACAAGCAGACAUACCAGCCCGACACGCAGUCGCAAUGUACCACAGACCGCAGCCCAUGGCGCGCGCGUCCUCCAGCAAUCUGAGCAUCGCGCCUCAGUCCGGCCCCUCCCCGAUCCUGGUCACGCCGCCGACGCCUUCAUACUCGGGGGGCGCAAAGGCGUAUGCGGGGGACUCGAAGGAGCUGCCCGUGGCGACCUCCUCUCCGUCCUCGGACGGCCCGUCAAUAUUCGGCAUGCCGCUGAAAUACGUCUCCCUGGUCACCCUAGCCGUGCAAAAUGCCGCCUUGUCCAUCGUCAUGCACUACUCCCGUGUCUCUACCCCGGCGUCACAAUCCUACUCCCCCGCGUCCGCCGUGCUGUUGAACGAACUGCUCAAGGGCUCUAUAUCCUUCGUCAUCGCCCUCGUCCGCGUUCAGCGCCAGCGCAGCGAGCGCGACGGCACGCCCUACUCGCGCAGGAGUCCGUGGGACACCGCCUGGGGCGCGUCGCUCGCGCAGGUCUGCGGUGAGAUCUUCAGCCCCGACUGCUGGAAGCUCUCCAUACCCGCCAUCCUCUAUGUCAUACAGAACUCCCUCCAGUUCGUCGCCAUCAGCAACCUGCCCGUCGCCACCUUCCAGGUCACCUACCAGAUGAAGAUCCUCACCACCGCCGCGUUCUCCGUCGUGCUCCUGCGCAAGCGGCUCGGCACGACGAAGUGGUUAUCUCUGUUCUUCCUCGCCAUUGGUGUCGCCAUCGUGCAGAUACAGUCGCAGACAACCGCAGGCGCCGGGCACGUCCCUUCGCACGCGCCGCCGCCCAAGGUGGGCAGCGCGCACGACCAGGCACCGCUACACAUCCAUGUCAUGUCGCCACUGAAGGGCUUCGGCGCGGUAACCGCCGCAUGCUUCACCUCCGGCCUCGCGGGCGUCUACUUCGAGAUGGUUCUGAAGAAUUCCAAAGCAGACCUCUGGGUGCGGAACGUGCAGCUCUCGCUGUUCUCGCUCGUGCCGGCACUGCUGCCCGUGCUCUUCCACCCCACGCCGGCGAGCUCGCGAGGCUUCCUGAGCGGCGUGUUUGCGCACUUCGGCGGAUGGGCGUGGGCGACGGUGCUCGUGCAGGUGUUCGGCGGGCUCGUCACGGCGAUCGUGAUCAAGUACUCGGACAACAUCCUCAAGGGCUUCGCGACCAGCUUGUCCAUCGUGCUCUCGUUCCUCGCCUCCGUAGCGUUGUUCAACUUUAGGAUAACGCCCUCGUUCUGCAUCGGUGCGACGACAGUAUUGGCGGCGACCGCGAUGUAUAACCAGCCGGAGGGUGCGCGGGCGCCCGUCGCCAUCGUGCUCACCGAAACGCACAGAUGGACACCUUGGGUGAUGGAUACCGAUAUCCUUAUGAUUUAUGUGGUACGCGCGGCGGGCGCCAAACCUGCCUACUUGCCUUGCUGCCCGCUUGCUAGUCUGCGCCUACUAGUCCGCUACCCCCUCUUCAAUCCGACCACUUCUCCGUCGCUCGUUUGUACUUGA